UUAACGAUUAAAAUCUCUUCUCACUACCUUAGUGUUCGGCUUUCUUUAUCUUUGACACUAGUCACUUUUAUUAUCCGCGCUUUACAGAUUGACGCUUAGAGAGGUUGGCAGCCUUGUCCAAAAUCACACAGCAGAGCUGGGCUUUCUCCUACCCAGGUGUUCCGGUCUCCAAGAGCCUCAGAGAGCCGCGCCGGGCUCUCGGCCCAUAGGCGGCGCGGUUUACGAAGGCCUGGGGCUGAGCGGCAAACUUUCAGCCGGAGAGGAGUGGGUGGUGGAGGGGCCGAGAGGCACCUUCCCAGACUGGUACAGAUGCUGCGCGCCCUGACCAGCGCCCUGCGCCUUCCGAGCCCCUGGAGGCCCCAUGAGGCCCGUGGCUGCGCCGCCAAUCCCGCGGCCGCAAACCGCGAGAUCCAAGUGUGCGCUCUGACGGGUCCAGACCAAGGAAUCACUGAGAUUUUGAUGAACAGACCAAGCGCCCGCAAUGCCCUGGGGAACAUCUUCGUUAGUGAGCUGCUGGAAGCUCUGGCCCAGCUGCGGGAGGACCGGCAAGUGCGUGUCCUGAUCUUCAGAAGUGGAGUGAAGGGUGUAUUCUGUGCAGGUGCAGACCUGAAGGAGCGGGAGCAGAUGAGUGAGGCGGAGGUGGGGGUCUUUGUCCAGCGGCUCCGAGGCCUGAUGAAUGAGAUUGCAGCCUUCCCUGCGCCCACCAUUGCAGCUAUGGAUGGGUUUGCCUUAGGUGGAGGCCUGGAACUGGCCCUGGCCUGUGACCUCCGAGUGGCAGCAGCUUCCUCAGCUGUCAUGGGGCUGAUUGAGACCACCCGAGGACUCCUCCCAGGAGCAGGAGGGACUCAGAGGCUGCCUCGAUGCCUGGGGGUGGCCCUGGCGAAGGAGCUCAUCUUCACAGGCCGACGAUUGAGCGGGGCACAGGCCCAGGCUCUGGGGCUGGUGAACCAUGCCGUGGCCCAGAAUGAGGAGGGCAACGCCGCCUACCACCGGGCACGAGCACUGGCCCAGGAGAUCCUGCCCCAGGCCCCCAUUGCUGUGCGGCUGGGCAAAGUAGCCAUUGACCGAGGAACAGAGGUGGACAUUGCAUCAGGGAUGGCCAUUGAAGGGAUAUGCUAUGCCCAGAACAUCCCGACCCGGGAUCGGCUGGAAGGCAUGGCUGCCUUCAGGGAGAAGCGGCCCCCUAGAUUUGUUGGCGAGUGACUUCCUUUGAACCUUAAGCAUGGGAGAUGCACACCUUACAGGGCAGGAUCCAGAAGGAAAAUGUGCAGCGUGCCCGCCCUCAUCAUUUCACCUCUCUAGGCUUCAGUUUCCUCACAAGGACGAUGAUCGAUAUAAAAUGACUGGCACGGUGCCUGGCACUAAGGUGCUGACUAUGCCACCUACUGCUACCUUCGUCAUUCCUCACCCAGGCUAGACAAUCACUGGCGUCGGGUUGGCUUUGGAGAAUACCUGUCUCUCCAUAGUAGAACGAUCAACUAAGGACAAAACAGACCCCUCUGGGCCUUUAUAUCGCUGGCACUCAAGCCUGACCUCUGCAUCUCAGUUAUUAGGUGCUCACCAGAGAUGAGAGGAGGUUGUAAGAACCACCCCCCAACUGCCCUGUUUCUUCCUCUGUACAACAGAGAUAAUAAGGAAACCCUGGUAGUGGUUGAAUAGGCCCAGCUCUCUGCCAGUUACUCACUGUGUGCCUCAGCCUCCUCAUCUAUAAUGAAACUGUUGGGAGGACUAAAAAAAUAAUAAAACACCUGAUGUUCAAUAAACGUGAGUUAUUAUUCA